AUUCUAACACAGUACUCUGCGUGUGCGUGUGAUGAGAGAGAGAGAGAGAGAGUGGUGGCCCAUCUAAAUCUAUGGCUGACCGACUUUUAGGAUACGAGCAAAGAUAAAAGAGCAACUAGGGGUAAGACUAAGACUGCAAAGAUAGAGAAAGAAAAUAGAAUAUAAGAAGAAAUAUUCUCGCUAGUCAUCAUGGUUUUUGGUGUUUUCUCUCUGAAAUCAAACAAACAAAGCAAACCAGAUCUCUGUUAGAAAGAGUCCGAAGCUCUAGUAUUUUUUUUUUCCUUUUUUUGUUUGCUUAGAUUCAAGCUGGAGUUGGGGUUUUUUCUUGUCUUUUGGCAAAAUCGGAGGAGUGUCAAAGAUUUGAAUAUUACCAAAGAUUUUUAUCUGCUUUUGUUCUUGUAUUUAGCUAGCUAGUUGUAGUGAAAAAAACCGCUGCUUUCUUGUUUGUUUGUAUGCUAGCUCUUAACCCUUUUGAAAGCUAGUUGAACUAAUUUCACCACCAAACCCAAGCCAACCAUUUUUCAGUUCAAAGCCAAAAAUGAUGUCCGGUGAAUCUUUUUCAGUUGCCUCUUCAAUUGGAGGGUUUGGUCAAGAAGUACAGAACACAAACCCUAACCCUAAUCCAGCUGCCAAGAAGAAGAGAAAUCUACCAGGAACACCAGAUCCAGAUGCUGAGGUUAUUGCUCUUUCACCCAAGACUCUCAUGGCGACAAACCGAUUCGUCUGUGAAAUAUGCAAUAAAGGGUUCCAAAGAGAUCAGAAUCUGCAGCUUCAUCGAAGGGGUCACAAUCUUCCAUGGAAGCUGAGGCAAAGGACCAACAAAGAGGUCCGAAAAAAGGUCUAUAUUUGUCCAGAAAAGACUUGUGUCCACCAUGACCCGUCCAGAGCUCUCGGAGACCUCACUGGGAUAAAGAAACAUUUUAGCAGGAAACACGGCGAGAAGAAAUGGAAGUGCGAGAAGUGUUCAAAGAAAUACGCAGUCCAAUCCGACUGGAAAGCUCAUUCUAAGACUUGUGGAACUCGAGAGUACAAGUGUGACUGUGGAACCCUUUUUUCCAGGAAAGAUAGCUUCAUUACCCACAGAGCCUUUUGUGAUGCUUUAGCUGAUGAGAGUGCUAGGCUCACUUCGCUUGCAGCCGCUAAUAAUCUGAAUUUCGGAAAUGAUUCAAUGAAUGAGACUGUGAUUAAUCCUCAACCUGGUUUGCCACUUGGAGCUUCCCAAUUUGGCUCAGGUUUUCGACCAGAGCUUAGUGGCAUGGCUAUUAAUGGUAACUCUCUUGGUGUAGAUCAGCAAAAGCCCAGAUUGUCAUUGUGGCUUAACCAGGCAAAUUCUCAGCUUAAUCCCACUGACAUGAUGGGUAAUUCUCAUCUCUACGCAUCAUCAAGUUCUACAGCUUUUCCUGAAAUGAUGCAAGCAGUGUCUGGUAAUCUCUUUGGUUCGUCUUCUAUGCCUAAUUUUGGAAACUUUAAUAAUCAGCAGUUUCAAGGGUUUGAUAAGAGUGUUUCAACCUCAACAAAUGCAAGUCUGUCUUUAUCAGCACUACCUCACGAAAUGAAAGAGGAAGGGAACAAAGGAAAUUUGGUUGAAACCCUAUCCUCUCUUUACUCUGAUACCCAAAAGAAGCAAUCAAAGCCAUCUAUGCCAAUGUCAGCCACUGCACUUUUGCAAAAGGCAGCUCAGAUGGGCUCUACAACAAGCAACCCAUCAUCAAUCUUUGGCAAUAGCUUCGGAGUCAUGAGCUCUUCUUCUUCAAACACAACAACAAGCUUCAACACAGUCAACCAAAACCGAAAUGAGCUGCACCAAGCCCUUCAAAAUUCAAAGCAGCAAGCAGCAGAGAAUUUCAGAGCAAGUGGGAGUGUUGAUGGAAUGCUGGGAAGUUCAAAUUUAAGCUCAUUAACAACUUCAACAAACAGUUUUGAUCAGCUUAUGAUGCAAACAAGUGGAAAGCAAAGCGACCCAGUUGCAUUAAAGAAUCAUCCAGGCUCGAAUGCAAUUGAAAAUAGUCUAACUAGGGAUUUUCUUGGCAUGGGAGGGAGAGAAUCACAAAGACCAUUCUUAGCACAGGAAUUAGCUAAGUUUGCUUCAAUGAGUUCAGCUAUGGGUUUGAGCCAAUUCACUGGGAACCACUGAAGUCACUUGUCAGUACAUUGAUAAAUGACAUAUUGUUGUAUUAUACUAAAGGAAGUGUGUGGAAGAUAGCACAAACUUGGGGGGUCAAUUGGGUUACAAAGUCCAUGCUGGUAUAAAGACUCGGUUAAUUGGGACCGAGUUGGACUCGGUGGAAUCACAAAUCUCAACUCAGAUAAAGAGAGAGACAGCAUGCAGCUUCUCAAUGUAUGAGAGAGAGAGAGCACUUGUGAAUGGUCAGGAAAAAAAGGGUGGGGGCCCAGUGCAUGUUUGAAAUGACUGAACGGAGAGCAAUCUCCGAGUCAUGCAUGUUCUUCGUGGUUGUUGUUAUUGUUGUUGUUGCUGUUGUUGUUGUUGUUGUUGUUUUAUAUUCUGUCUGAACUUUCUUAUCUCUUUUCGCUA